CCAAGCACCAACAUACGACGAGUAGGCGUUAUUUUGCUCCAACCUGCAGGCCACCCACACUCAUUCUUCAAUUUCAUUACAGGUUAUGCCUAAUGAUGUACCGUCUCUUCAAGAGCGACCUUUCCAAUCCAGAAAAUAUUGUCCUCAAAUAUACCGACGAUGAGGGCGAUAUGAUCAGUAUGACAGAUGAUGUGGAUAUUAGUCAUGCGAUUUCUCAGAGUAAUCUAUUGAAAAUCACAGUGUUUGACAAGGAAACGCGACCAUUUAUGGGAUCAUCCAAUUCUUACCCUCGUGAUGGCAUGAACAGCGAAUUGGUAUCAAAGCUGACCUCUCUUCGUGAUACGUUGAACGAAUUGAUACAUGCAAAUGCAUCGUCCACCUCAUCAUUCUCCAGCGACAAAAUAACUGAAGGAGCCGCUCCCGAAAAAACAUAUCGACAAUUGUCGACCUCCGAAUUAGCCGAGUUUUUGGAAGAAACUCAGGGGGAGCGACAGGAUGGUGCUAGAAAAAAUGGAAUCGAAUACCCCUCUUUACCUAAAUCAAGCUCGCAACGGUUCAGUGUAAGCGCACCCUCACCCUCGUUGGCCACCAAGGCCACACCCUCGCCAUCGCAGCCAUCCCAGCAACAACCGCAGUCAAUGCAAGCUUCGACACCCCAGCAACCACAACCAUCGCAGCCGCCACCACCACAGCCACCGUAUCCGCAACAACAACAACAACAUUACCAACAACAGCAACCACAAACCCCACUAUCUCAUCCGGGACAAUCAAACCAGUAUCCCAUGCCAUCGAUGCCACCGUCGAUGCCUCCAUCAACCCAUCCACCGCAACCACGACCGAUGCCGCCUUCUUCACGUCCUUAUUCGGGUUAUCCCCAACAAUCCUAUGCUCCAUCCACGCCUCAUCCUCCAGCGGGUGCUCCUCCAAUGCCAAUGAGUGGACCCCCGCAUAGUACUCCCCAGAUAAAUUACGCUCCAGGCCCGUCUCACGAUAAUAAUAAUAAUCCUAUGGGAGGAUAUCAUCCUUCGAUUUGCGGAGCGUCCGGUCAGCCACCACAACAAGCUCCUUACGGCUAUUCAACCAACCCACCAAGACCGUCUGCAGCACAACCAGGUUACCGUCCACCAGGCAACAAUUGGUAAUAGAAACCAAGUAUCAAGCUAAUAAUCGAGGAAUUUUUUUAUAUAAUAACAAUUGU